AUGUUAUUAAUAAUUCUACUGUCUGUAGCUGCUUUUGCAUACGUGCAUAAAGAGGAAUAACAUGUGAUGGAUGUUUAUAACAAAAUGAAUUCUAUAAAGGAAUUCCUAUCCCAAUUGGAGUAUUAUACGGCUCUGGAGAAAUUGGAGGUCAGGUCGAAAGAAAAUUUUGAGUUUGAGGAGGAAAGUUUUACAAUCUACAGUGAGCAUUACUAAGAACUCCUCUAAGCAUUGAAAGCAGAAUAGGUGUGUCAUAAGAAAUAGAAGGAAGACAUGUAGAUGUUCUUAAGGGAAACCUUUCCAGAAGCAAUUGAUAAGAUAAAACGUAUAAUUGCAGAUAAAGAAAAACUCAUAGAAGGGGACAUUAAAGAAUUAGCAAAGAUAAAACAUUCUUAGCCUGAAGAUAUCAGCAAACGUUUUGAGGAAUUUAAUUAUUUGCAUCAAAAAAUAUAAGAAGUGUUAGAAUCGAAUGAUCAAUAAGACAUUUAUAAAGCCUUGGAAUUAUUGGAAUCAAAAAUAAUGAUAGGGUCAUUCAAGCAGAUGCAAAAUUAGGAGGUGGAUUUUUUUAUGAAGAGCGUUGAUAGAUUAUUCCGAGAAAAAUCAAAUCCUCAUAAAAAGGAAGAGUCAAUCUAAUUGCUGAGUCUAAUGAGGAGUGUUAUAUCUGAGUAUCUGAUAACGAUGAUGAAUGAUCAAUUGGAGUAGUCCUUUGAUUUAUUGGAUAAGGAACUUUUUUUCACUCAAUCCAAGCACACUCAUAUCAAUGCUAAAGAUCAAUACGUAAAUCUGCUGCAGAGUAUGGAAUGUAAGUUUAUGAUUAAUCAAAACUGUAGAGAAUCAUUACAAUAUUUGGAAGAGUAUCUUAGAAAUGAAAUUUGA